AUGUGUGGAGGCCCACUACACGAAUUCUUGAAGGGUCUGCCCAAAUGUGAGCAUCAUGUCCAUCUGGAAGGCUGCCUGACUCCCAAGCUGGUCUUUGAGCUGGCAGCCCGCAACUCGGUCAAGCUCCCGGAUCCUGAACAGCGUCCAGAGUAUGCGUCUCCAGAGGCGCUCACUGAACGCUACCAGCGUUUUACCUCGUUGGAUGAUUUUUUGAGCUUCUACUUUGUUGGAAUGUCAGUCCUCCGGGAAAAAUCAGAUUACGAGGAUCUGGCAUGGGAAUAUUUCCAGCAUGCACACGCCGAUGGUGUCCAUCAUGCGGAGGUCUUUUUCGACCCGCAGGAACAUGUUAACCGCGGCGUUCCGUACGAUACGGUCGUGUCAGGGUUCACUGCCGGAUGCCGGCGAGCUGAACGGGAGUUUGGUAUGACGACGAGGCUGAUCCUAUGCUUUGUGAAACAUCUGCCCGUGGACAAUGCCCAGCGGGUUUUCAACAUGGCUUUGGAACGAGGGGACUUCAAGUCUGGGGUUGUUCAUGGUAUUGGAUGCUCGUCGUCCGAGAUUGGUCCUCCUAAGGACAUGUUUCGAGAAAUAUACGCGACAGCACACUCGAUGGGAAUCCGGAGGACGGCUCACGCUGGCGAGGAAGGUGAUCCUUCCUAUAUCAGUACGGCGUUAGACAUCUACAAAUCCGAGCGAAUAGACCACGGAGUCAGGCUGAUCGAUGAUCCCCGCCUGAUGGCGCGUGUCGCGAUGGACGAGAUUCUACUCACUGUCUGCCCUGUGUCAAAUGUGAAACUGUGCUGCUUCGAGAGCAUCGACCAGGUGCCAAUCCGAAAAUUCUUGGAUGCAGGCGUCAAGUUCUCCAUCAACAGUGAUGACCCUGCCUACUUCGGAGGAUUUAUAUUGCACAAUUAUUGUGCGGUCCAAGAUGCUUUUCACUUGUCCAUCGAUGAAUGGAGGACCAUUGCGGGGAACAGCAUCAGAGGCAGUUGGAUAGACGAUGCGAGAAAAUCCGAGCUUUUACAGCUGGUAGACGAUCAUGUCAAGAAAUAUCAAACGACUGUCUAG